CUCAACUUCAAUAAAAUUUUACCUUAGUUAAUUAAAUAAAGGAAACUAAACAAUAUAUUUCUAAAGCAUAUUCUAAUGAGCACUUACGAUUGUUGUCUAUGACCACCAUGGCCACUACAAAUGCUGUUGAUAAUUUGAAAUCUCGUUUUUAUGGUGUUUACCUUUUAUGCAGUCAUAGUACUGAAAAACGCUACAAGGGCAAAUGUUACAUAGGAUUUACUGUGAAUCCCAAUCGAAGAAUUAAACAACAUAAUCGAGGAAAAGACUUUGGGGGUGCUAAGAAAACUAGUCAGAAGGGUCCUUGGAAGAUGGUUAUGAUUAUUCAUGGAUUUCCCAACAAUAUAGCAGCUCUGCAGUUUGAAUGGGCCUGGCAACAACCCACUUUAUCAUCGCGUUUAAAACUAUUUCCCGAGUUAAAAAGAAAACUGCCCAAGGAAACAUAUUUUCAAUAUAAUUUUCGUAUUCUUAGCCGAAUGCUCAAUGUUGGACCUUGGGAACGCUUGCCAUUGAUAAUACAAUGGUUAGAGAAUGAAUACGAAUGUGAUUUUGAUAUCACCAGCUUACCCCCAAAUCACAUGAGAAUUGUAAGCGGAAAAAUUACUUUGGAGAAGAAAACUAAAAAGAAAACGCAAACAGAUGAGCCUUUACCCAAAGCAAUAUGGGCUCCAGAGUGUCAUUUGUGCAUGGAACCCAUUCACAAUGUUGAACAAUCACGAAUUGGUUGUGUAAAUAAUUUGUGUAAGCUUACCUGUCACAUAAUAUGUUUGGCCAAUCACCUCUUGUCAUCGGAUGCAAAGCAAAGGGGACACUAUAUACCAAUUUCGGGUGAGUGCCCGCUAUGUGAGACUCCCCUACUCUGGAUUGAGUUAUUACAAAGGAAACGUAGAAUGCAAGGAAUUGGUGAAGAACAGGAUUAUGAUAGCGAAGGGGGUGCUAGCAGCAGUGGCAGUAACAGUGAUGUUGAAGAGAUAAGUUUCGAUGAUGGUGAUGAGUUUCUAUGAGACAUACGGCAACAGUGUAUGGUUAAUUGUUCAUUGCUAUUUAUAUUUACAAAAAAUAAAAUGUUACAAUUUAUAAAAUGAAUGAAAAUUUGCAAGUAAAGUGAGACGAGUCAAGGGACCAAAAGCAAUAAUAAGACAAAACCAAACAAAAUUUUGAACAUAAGGUGCCAGCCAACCACAAACCGGCAGCAGACAAACAAACAAACCUUCGUGACAUUCAUGCAGACCCGGUAGAAGAUGCGGUAAAUGGCUACCGGGUGAAUGUAGUCCUUGGAGAACGACCGCCUUCCAUUGCACCUGAAGAAAUUGACCUCCCCCGGCUAACCAGAGUAGUUCUGGCUCAAUUACAUUCCGGCAGAUGCAGCCGCUUCAACUCCUACAGAGCAAGGAUUGAUGCCGACGUGCAAGAUGUAUGUCCCGAUUGUAACCAGGGACCGCACAAUAACUGCCCAGCCAGACCCAGAUCGCUGUGGACGCACCACAUCUUAGUCGCAGAGUUCCUGGGUCUUGACACUCAACAGAAUCAAGCAGACCGAAGAUAGAACACAAUAAACUGCAACAACAAUAACAGUUAUAUGGCAAUCGUCUGAUAUGUUGAAAACUAUGCAGCUAUGAAUUCGCUAGUUGAGGCAAGUUGUCUUUGCACCUAUCAGAAUGCUGCAAAGGUAGGCAUAGCGCCUAUGACCAUCAACACCUGGCCCCAAUCCCAUGGCAGCCGGUUCUACGUAUCAGAUUGAUCCCAUGAA